AUGGAUGCGCCCUACGGUGUUACUCUGCGGAUGGGGCUGCACCGAGAACGACCUUGCUCCGUCUUUCCGGAGUUGCUCUACUUCCUACUCCACAAGCGGAGGAGGCUGUUUGCUGUCAAAUGUGGGGGCUGCUUCGAGGCCAUCGCACCCAACGAGUUUGUUAUGCGGGCCCAGAAGAGCGUUUACCACCUGAGCUGCUUCUGCUGCUGUGUCUGCGAGCGCCAGCUUCAGAAGGGCGAUGAGUUUGUCCUGAAGGAGGGGCAGCUGCUCUGCAAAGGGGACUACGAGAAGGAGCGGGAGCUGCUCAGCCUGGUGAGCCCCGCAGCCUCUGACUCGGGCAAAAGUGAUGAUGAAGAAAGCCUUUGCAAGUCAGCCCACGGGACGGGGAAGGGAGCCGCCGAAGACAGCAAAGACCACAAACGCCCCAAACGCAAAAGUGAUGAUGAAGAAAGCCUUUGCAAGUCAGCCCACGGGACGGGGAAGGGAGCCGCCGAAGACAGCAAAGACCACAAACGCCCCAAACGUCCCAGAACCAUCCUGACAACCCAACAGAGGAGAGCAUUCAAGGCCUCAUUUGAGGUGUCCUCCAAGCCCUGCAGGAAGGUGAGGGAGACUCUGGCUGCAGAGACAGGGCUGAGUGUCCGGGUCGUCCAGGUGUGGUUCCAGAACCAGAGAGCGAAGAUGAAGAAGCUGGCCAGGCGGCAGCAGCAGCAGCAGCAGGACCAGCAGAGCACCCAGAGGCUGAGCUCCGCUCAGACCAACGGCAGCGGGAGCGCUGGGAUGGACGGGAUCAUGAGCCCCUACACGUCUCUGCCCACGCCGCAGCAACUCCUGGCCCUUGAGCAGAGCGUCUACAGCACCGACCCCUUCCGGCAGGGCCUCACCCCUCCCCAGAUGCCUGGUGACCACAUGCACCCCUACGGUGCCGAGCCCCUUUUCCAUGACCUGGAUAGUGACGACACCUCCCUCAGUAACCUGGGUGACUGUUUCCUAGCAACCUCGGAAGCCGGGCCCCUGCAGUCCAGAGUGGGGAACCCCAUUGACCACCUGUACUCCAUGCAGAGCUCUUACUUCACCUCCUGA